GAAAAAGAGAAGAAACAGGCCGUGUGCUCCACCUUUUCUCUCGUCUAUCUGUCUCUGUGGAAGACGAGGAAAGCGAACAAGAAAGAAGGCUUCUUGUGAAUAAGAGUUGGCGGUACUUUAUUUCCAAUGUCUUACGGAGUGUUGAGAUGUAGACACGCAUAGCCCGGGCGAGAGGCGAGUGUGAUGGACAUCGAGCAUGAGCGAGGAAUAAAAAAGAAAAAUCAGUUUGUAAUGUCAGGGACGCCGCCUGCAGCAGCAGGCGGCGGUGGCGGGGCUGCUGCCGUAGCCGCUGCCGCCGCCGACCACUUCUGCCUCCGCUGGAACAACUACCAGACCAACAUGACGGCGGUGUUCGACCAGUUACUGCAGGAGGAGGUGUUCGUUGACGUGACGUUAUCGUGCGAGGGCGGGCAGCAGCUGCGCGCCCACAAGGUGGUGCUGGCCGCGUGCUCGCCGUACUUCCAGGCGGUGCUGCAGAACAACCCCUGCAAACACCCGAUCGUCAUUCUGCCGCGCGACGUGGCCUUCGCCGACCUGCGAGCCAUCAUCGAGUUCGUGUACCGCGGCGAGAUCGACGUGGCGCAGGAGCAGAUCAACUCCCUGCUGGCGGCCGCCGACACGCUGAAGAUCAAGGGCCUGUGCGAGGUCGGCGACGACCCCACCCACGUGCCCCCGGGCUUCACCGCCACUCCUUCGUCGGCGUCUCGCCACGCCGCCAGCGCCUCCUCCUCGGGCGGGCUCAACGCCUCGUCUUCGGGGAGCAGCCACACACCCAGGGGGCGGGGGAGCUAUACCCGUGGCCGCUACAACACAUCAUACCGCCCCCGCGGACGCCCGCCGCUCUACGGCAGACACCGCUAUGAGCGACCUUCCCCCAAUGCACCGCGCUCCAACGACCAUCAUGAUCACCCGAAUUCCAGUAAAAGGAUCAAGCUGGAGAGCACCGAGGAGGACGGCCACGGGAACGCAGGCGGCGGCGAAGAAGGGGACGGGUCCGUGCAGCAACGUCCGUCCCACCACCCGCACUACGUCCACAACGGUACGUCUUCCGCCCCGCACGCCCACACCGCCCACGCCACCAGCUACGGGCCCCGUU